AUGUCUUUAUUUGACAAUACCGAUUCAUUAACAGCAAGUAGAACAAAUUCUCAAAAUUCUUCACCUCGAGACCAAAAUUUAGAAUAUGUGUUGAAUUGUGAAUCUAAUAACAUCGAUAAUAAUGCAUUUUCAUCAAUAUCUAAUAAUUCUAACGCGAAUCCAGUUGAAGAUGAUGAUUCAACAUCAACUAGACAACAAAAACGUCGCGGUAGAAAGCCAAAAUAUCCAGACCCGACUCCUGGUUACAGGUCUAGUUAUAGUGUCAAUAGGAGUUUCACUCAAGCUGAAGUCGUCCUUUUAAAGCAUAUUCUAAAAGAGUCCGGUCAACAGUUACAACAUAAUCCAGACAUGGAUAUGAAAAUUGUUGAACAAGUCACUGAUACUACAAUGGUUUUCCCUGUACAUGAAGAGAAUCCAAAGAAUCAAGAAUUAUUAUCAAACGCAAGAAGAAAAAGAUCUCGUAAUGUGACUUCUCCUUAUCAAUCAAGAGUUUUACGUAAAGUAUUGGCUGUUACAUCAUUUCCUUCGACUGAAAUGCGUGAAGCUCUUGCGAAUGCUUUAAAUAUGCAUCCACGUACUGUUCAAAUUUGGUUUCAAAAUCAACGUCAAAAAGCAAAAAACAACCCUCAAACGCCAACAACAAUCACUAAUAUGACAACUACAGCUUCAUCACAGAUGAAUCAUGGAGGUGGAGGAAUGACCCAACUUAGUGGUUAUAGUCCUGAAUUAGUGCCAAUGACGAUACCAGCCGUUGGUACAAGUGCGAUUUACUAUAAUUUAACAAUGUUUCCAAAUAAUAAUGUUGUUCAAGGUGCUAUCAAUUCUCAAGCAAUUCUUACUCCUCCAAUUUCAGAAGAUUCUCAACAUCAUUCACACCCACAUUUACAACAACAUGGGCAAUUACAAUUAUCCACACAAAGUUACUUGCCAGUUGCUACAACUUAUAUGAGUGCUGCACAAUUUGCAACAGCUGUUGGAUCCCCUUACACAAUUUUACCCAUGUUUCAAUCUUCCACGCCAUCGCCACCAACACCAACUCACUUACAAGCCUCAUUCCAUCAUCCUCAAUUUUUUCACCAAACAUCGUCAUCGCCCACCACUCCAACAACAACACACCAAUUUCCAAGUUAUCUUCCUACCACUACAGCAACCACAACUACCACUACAUAUCAUCAUCCACCACUUUCCCAAGCAGAUUACGAACUUGGUAAUUAA